AUAAUUGUUAAAUUUGUGUACGUAUAUCUUUAUAGUUUCAACUAUACCCUUUUUUGAAGGUAUGAUCUUAUUUUAUGAAAAUAAAGGAACAUUCGGAUAAGACCGGAAUUACUUUCCAGAGGGAGGGUGGUCAAGUCAGUUGACAGCCAAUCGUUGGUUAGGGAUUUUUAUCAAAAUCAAUGGUGAACUCUGCGGUCGAGCUCAUUUGGCCCGUCGGAAAAACAUGUCUCCCGUUCUUGUGCUUGGGAUUUUUAAUUUUGGCUUUGGAGGGUUACUCCCCCUCCAGAUGUGAUGCCAGUUGAUCUACCCAUUUUCUCCAUCACCAGAAGUGUUCUUAGUUAUACUCUUGUCGCAACCCCGAUCCCAAAACACCCUCUAUGCCUGACAUCGCUGUCAGCAUGGCCACCUUGUCUGUAACAGACUGCGGUGGUCUAAUGGCCAAGGACCGACCCAUGACCAGCCGCAAUAGUCCGGCCAAAGUCAACGUCGUGAACAAUAUGGAGCGGAACCGGGAGUUUAGCAACUGCGUAUUACAACUGGAGGACUGUGAGGAGAUUGACCUGACGUCGCCGCGCAAUGGCCUCCCCGUCAAGAAACACGAUGCUUCGAGCAACAACAACACCAACAACGCCACCACCACCACAGCAACGACAAAUAACAUCAACGCCAACCGGGACAAUCAGGUGGCAUUCAGCGGCGGCCAACGCCGCAGCUUGCUGGACGGGUUCCUGGGUUGCCUCCGCCCAGUCUGGACCAUCAUUGGCAAGGUCACAACAGCCGAAAAGCAAAUGACAGAUAACUGGGAGGUCCCAUUUGAAGACAUUCGCAAUCUCCAGUGGCUCGGCAGCGGGGCCCAGGGGGCUGUCUUCCUGGGCACACUGCGAGGCGUCGACAUUGCCGUCAAGAAGGUCCGAGACGAGAAGGACAUCGAUAUCAAGCACUUGCGGAAACUCAACCACCCUCACAUCGUCUCGGUCAAGGGUGUGUGCAUGCAAGCACCAUGCUAUUGUAUCCUGAUGGAGUACUGUCCGUGCGGUCAGCUCUACGAGGUCUUACGGGAGGGUCGCGAGAUACCACCAAAGCUGAUGGUGGACUGGAGCAAGCAGAUAGCACAAGGGAUGAAUUACCUUCACAUGCACAAGAUCAUACACAGGGAUCUCAAGUCACCAAACAUUCUCGUCUCAUUCAAUGACAUACUGAAGAUCUCAGACUUUGGCACCAGCCGCGAGUGGAACGAGAAGAGUACCAAGAUGUCCUUUGCCGGCACGGUGGCGUGGAUGGCUCCUGAGGUCAUCCGGAACGAGCCAUGCUCGGAGAAAGUUGAUGUCUGGUCAUUUGGGGUGGUGCUGUGGGAACUCUUAACUGGCGAAAUGCCCUAUAAGGACGUGGAUUCCUCAGCCAUUAUCUGGGGUGUUGGCAGCAACAGCUUACAGCUACCAAUCCCAUCCACUUGCCCGGAAGGUUUCAAGCUCCUUAUGAUGCAGUGCUGGAGCGCCAAGCCCAAGAACAGGCCAUCGUUCCGUCAGAUUCUGAUGCACAUUGACAUUGCUGCAGCCGACUUUCUCUCCACCCCUCAGGAGGCCUACUUUGACAAACAGGUGGACUGGAGGGAGGAAAUCAAGCUCCAGUUUGAGAAAAUGAAGAGCGAAGGAUCCCAAAUCCAUCGCAUGGAUGAGGAGCUGAUUAAACGACGCCAGGCAGAGCUCAGGCAUGCCCAAGACAUCCGGGAGCACUACGAGAGGAAGCUGGAGCGAGCCAACAACCUGUACAUGGAGCUGAGCAGCUGCCUGCUACAGCUUGAACAGAGGGAGAAAGAGCUCAACAGGAAAGAGCAGCAGCUGGCCACCAGUCUGACCAAGAAGAAACAGCAGCGGACCAUCAAGCCCAUCCUGAAGGCCCAGACCCAGGCCAUGGAGAAACUCAUCAAGAAAUCCUUAGCCAGUCACCAGAGCAACUCUACCUCCACCCUUAACAGGACAAUAAGCCCUCCCACUGAUGCAACAACUACACCUGAGACAGAUCCCUCCUCCCCCACGCUCUCACCUAGGACCCCACCCACAUCUUCCAAGACCUCCCCCAGCAGAAUCCGCGUUCAGCGCAAGACCAGGCACCGGCGCAAUAACAGCCAUGGGCGUGGAAGCUUUGGCAAAGGGGGGGUCAGCCCCAAGGGGAGCUUUGGUAAGGGCGGGGUCAGCCCGGGGAAGGAGGUUCCCCUUUCGGACUUACACGUGUCAGGGGCUGGCGCAGUGUCCCCGAGGGACAUUGGACAGACGGAGAGUGACCAUUUCAACCGCUCAGAUGCGGAGAGGGCCUCGGACCUGGAAAGGACAAACUGCGAGAAUUUCAAGUACUUUGGGCCCUAUGCGGCAAUCAGGCAACCAGAACUCAACUCCAACCCAAGGAGCAGGAACUCAUGCCUGUGCUCAAGCAAAGGGAAGUGCUCAUCGUGUGUGUGCAAAGGAAAGUGUCCCAACCGCUCCUCAAGGCACCGGCCGGGGAGGGCAUGUCAGUACAUCCCUGACCACGCUGUGACAUCAACAUCGCACGGCAGUGAUAGCGAUGAGGUAAACAGUAACACCUCCCCCACGACAAACUGUGACAAAGGCACCGGUGAUGAUGACAAUGUUCUUCCAAACAGCUACGUCGGGGAGAGACUGGCAAUUCAGAGGGCCAGCCCGUUGAGGAGGUCCCCGGGAGGUGCCGUCAGAGUGGGGAAGCGAGCGACAUCUCCUCAGAUGAGGAGUGGGGCCAAAACAAGAACCAAUGGUGACGUCAACAUUGAUAUAACAAAGGGUUCCCAUGGUUACUCUAGUGAUGAGCAAAUCGUCGUCAGUCAUUCCUCCGAUGAGGAGCAGACAACCCAGUCAGACAGAAACCAAAUGAGCAGCCGGCAGUCCUACCUGGCCUGCAGUUCAGACCCUAAUUUCUCAGAUGAUGGCAAUACCAGUGAGCUGUCCAGGCAUCUGGACCUGCCGGAGGGCCGGCUGCGGACCAAGACCAGCGAGGUCCUGAGCAUAGCCCCUGACGUGGCCGUGGUGUCGGACGGCUUGUCAGACAAGGAGCGAGAGGUCAAGAAGGUCAUGAAGCAGAUCUCCAGGGAGAUGAUGUUUGAGUCUGAGGACCAUGGCUCGGACACUGAUUCCUCCGAUUGCAGUGAUGGGGAGGACUUACCUCAAGGGGCCAAAGGUCACUCCAGGGCAACACUAGACGUUGAAGAAACCUGGUAACAUAGGCCAACUGGUGGCUGUGCUUCAGCCCAGGUUAUAAAGGCCGUCUGUGUAGAGGAGUUGACUCAAGAAUGUGACCAAGCACCCUGCUGUGAGCCUCUGCUUAUGAAUGCACAAACUGAAACAUUUAAUGAGUAGGAUGGAAGUGCCAACUUUCUUGGCCUGCAUCUUGUGAAACUUUGUCAGAUGCCCUCCGAAACUUGGCAGAAAAAGGACUUAAUUGGCUAAAUGUAGUCUUGGAGGGUGUCUUGACUACAGAACUUUAGGUCAACAGUGACAUUGCCAGUCCUGUGUAGUGAAGUCUAGAUGCAGAACUUGCACCGUAGAACGGAAAAGGUGUUUUACAAAAUAAAUACCAGAACUGGGGAUUGUAUUUUUGCGGAGGUUCGAAGUGAGAUUUCCCUUCCGUUUUUUCAGGUAUUCUUCGUAAUGUGGAUGUAGCUUAUGAGAAGUCAGAGUAAUUAAAGAAAUUCUGUCCAGUCGGCUCAUUGGCCACUCCAGUUGAAAGUUGAGGCUUAAUAUCCUUGGAUCCAUCAAGGGAAGGCUGCAGUGGCUCACAGUGAGUUUUAGCCUUGUCCACUGUCCACAGUAGAUUUUCUGUAAGAAUUUGUCAACAGAAGUCAUUCCAGAAACUUUAACCUGGGGGAAUCUUGACAGAAGAGAGAGCUCAUUCCACAUAGCCAGGGGGUUAGGAUUUGUUUGAUGUAACCCCAAGUUGAAUGUGGGUAGAUUAAAAUGUACUUUUUGAGGUCUUGAUUAGUGUGGGUUCAAAUCUAGGAGUUGGACUUUUUAAAAAAAUGUAUUACCACUGCAUGACUGACGAUGAUAACAAUUCUUCCCCGUACUGUGACAGUAUCCUGUAUCACUGCCAUUAUUCUAAAACGGAUGCCGUCACCAUGAAAAGUAAUGCCCCAACUUUGGUGUCAUGGGGGAAAUCUGCAUUUUUCCAGUGUAGACUCUAGUGUGAACUUGUCUCACUCCAUAAUUGAAACAUGUGAAGUCGUUUUUACCACCUCAUUUCAAUAGCAUUGCUGCGGUGCUUGUUUCUGACUCGCUACAUCCUCUCUGAAACAUCGCACUCACUGUAAAUACUAUGUUCCCUUUUAAAUGAUAUUUUGAUAAUUCGAGGUAAAAUGUCUGAAAACAAUAUCUCCCAAUCAAUUGAAUAGCCACAGAUAUCAAGAUUUUGUAAUUUCGUUAAUCAUUUGAAUAUCUGCAGUGUAUUUCCCUCCAUUGGAACUCACAUAUGAGUACAUGUCUAUAUUGUAUAGUAGUAUUUUAAGAUGUAUAUACUGUCGCAUACAGAGAUGAACCUAGAAUAUAUAGUAGUGUGUACUAGUAAACAAAAUCUGUUAUUUUUUAGAGUGGCACUUACAGAAACUCUCUUUGAGGAUCACCGUUUUCUCACAAAUUCUCUUGUAUAAGAUAUCAGACAUCUGCUAGGCCAGCGCUUAGACUUGAGUAACAGUCCUCAUUUACUGUCAGGUGUUGAUGAAUUGUAUGCCAUGUUUAUUUGGAACUUCUGUGAUCAAGUCUUUGUUGCGAUGGUUACUGCAGUCAACAGCAUCAUGUUGAAAAAAAAAAUUAUGCAUGGGAAAUUUUACCCAGGAGGCAGGCAAUUCUUAAAUCUCAGGUUUUAUGCCUACGGUACUUGUAGCUUGUUAAUAUGUUUGUGUUGUUUGGCAUAGCUGAUAUCUUGUAGAAUAAUUGACGACUCUCAGUUGGGUACUGAUUGAACGUAGGUGUAUUCUAAGUUUGGAAAGGAAAGAACACAGUUAUUUGAAGCUUUUUGAGGGUAACUUUUCCUCUGUGAUUUGACCAACAUCAUGAACCUUACCAUCUUGAUGGAGAUAAGAAAUAAGCGAGGCUUGAAUUUAACCAAACUGGAGAGUGUGAGGUCUUAUUUAAAAAGUUACUGUCUUAAGAUUUUUCUGAAAGCCAUGGCCAAAAUUCUUUUACAAACUUCUAUAACCAUGUAUUUUUUCAAAACUAAAAUGUACUGUGACUUCAAGCAGUUCAGCCCCUGAGUCAAAAUACGUAACUUUUAAUCACUGAACUCAAAGUAUCAAGUUAUACAAUAUAUAGUACUUGUACAAAGUUGUCUUUCAAAUACAUGAAUUUCUAUUCACUAAUACUGCAUAUAUAUUUGAAAGGAUUCAUGAGUUAAUCUGAUUCUUCAACCUUCUCAGAUUGUAAAGUCUUUCUUCAGAUUUUUUUUUCUUGGAAAGGUACACAUUGGUUUAUUGGGUGCGUGAAAGGAGGAAAUCGUAAGAUUGUAGUAAAGUUUGAAGUAUUCAUGUCAAUUUAAUUGAGAGCAGGAGUUUUCAAGAAAUUCAGAUCCAGCACAGUUUUCGUCUUUAAUCAGUAAGCUUUAUUUUUAACAGACACAAUCUUCAGGUCUUAUAUUCUUACAAUAGUUUUUCUUUUAGAAUUUUCCUUUGUGUGAUUUUCUUUUUUACCUACAAUGACUAAACCAAAUUGUUUCAAUGUAAGGACUAUGUGUAUAUUUUUCGAAGCUGGUCUUUGAUUCUUUGCCAUUAGUUUAUUUUCAUUUUGGCUUAUUUGUUUUUCCUUUAUCAUUUUUGAUUUAUGGACACCUCUCUCCUCAAGUCCUGGCUGUGCCAUCUGCCCAGGUGUUUCAACCAGUGAGUUCUUGGCAGGGAAGAAAACAUUUCAGGGAUGGAAGUUCUGCCCUCAAUGCAGAAUUUUAAUAUCACAUGCAGUGGGCAAUGUGAUCAUAUUUCUCUGUGCUCGCUUAUAACCCUGCUAGUGCUGCAUAACACUGUGACACACAUGUGAGGUUGAUACUCCUUUGUCUAGGAUAUACAUGUAGUUUGCAUCAAGAAUACCAAGUGAACUUUGUUAUCUCUCAGCAGUGCACUUGAUGAGUUACUUAUUGCACUGUUUCAUCAAUUUAAGACUUGACAAAUCAACACACUUGAAAGUACACUGGUUAGAAUAACAUAGUCCCAACUGUGAAACUUCAUAAAAUGUAAAUAGACAUCGAUCUUAACACCACUGUGUGUUCAUUUUCUUUACUGAAAAAAUCAGCCCGAGUUUUAAUUCUUUAUUCCUUGAUUUUUUUCAAUGGCUUCUUUUCAAAUUUCUGCUUUAUCUCCAUAGUUUGGCAUCUGAUUUUUGGCUCACUGAUUACAGACAUUCUGGCCUGGUAAAAAUCUUGCUUUCACAAGAUUAUCAAAGUGGAUACAUGUACAACAUAAAAGCCAAAAAUAGUCUUUUCCUUUUGUUUUAGCAUAAGAAAACCUUGAUAUGCUUCAGAGAAGCCACAGUAUUGAAAAAGCAGAACUUUGAGAAGGUCGUAUUGCUGACCAAUUACGAAGCUACCAUCCAUCUUUGUUGUUCAUGCUAACCUGACUUUCAUUCCGCUAAGUUCUAAUGCCAAGUGUCAGCUUGGCCAGUCUCUCUUGGACUGAUACCUCUGACAUAUUUACAUGUAAUCAGAUUGUGAUUGGCAGUCACAGUACCCAACUAAGAUGGCUGUGUAAUUAUUGCUAUUAUCCUGAAGACAUAUAAGGGAAUUGUACAAAAAAAAGGUUGUAUUUCCAAAUCAGUAUUUAUGGAAUAGUACCCAAUUCCCUUAGCCUGGGGUAAAGUAUAUGUUGGACCAUGGGCUAAGGGCAUAGACCAGGCUUGCUUUAGGCAUUUAACUCAUACUGUGUUUAAAACUUGCCGCUUUUGUGUUCCAGCACUGAACAUUUCACUUAUGGGAAAAAGGAAAGAUUUAAUCCUUGUGUAGAGGACAGAUUUUGAUUUGAAAGAUUUCUUUGGAAUCAUGCCCAAUGUCAGUCUGGUUCAUGCAGCCGGUAGGUAUUGUUACGUAUGUGUGCAAUAGGUAUGCCACUAUUCCAUUCCAAAUUUGAGUUCAUGAUUUUUUUUCUAAAUUGUUGCUAAUAAUAACUUCUAUAAAUGUUCACUAAUUUAAAAACAAAAACCACGUAAGUGCACGUGAGUACCUCGUCAGUUUGUAAAUGUGUACAAAGCCCAACUGAUUCUAUUGGAGAAAAGUUCAAAUAAAAGUAUCUUGUUUGUGUGUUUGAAAAUCA